AUGCGAAGAUUUAAAAAACAUAUAUCCACAAGCGAUAAACAAGCGUGGGUAAGUGAUGAGACAGUCGCAAAGGUGGCACAAGAACACGACUGCGUGAAUCAAGCGCCGACAGCUGUGGCCUUGGCCCCGGCGGACGAACCGGAUGUCAGCCACCCACCUGAUGCUCUGGUGGACGCUGCACGGACUUAUCUAACAAUGCAGAAGACUACACGGCUAGCUCAUGUUCUGCCUCUUUACGCAGCAUCACUGCUAAUAAACAAUGGAAUAGCUGCUGGGGUUUUUGUAGGGAGGAGGACACUGGCUGAUGGAAGAGCCUCUCUGGUCAUGGGGACACAGGAAGCAAAUAUAAACGAUCCUUUGUCAUCUAUUGCUUUGCCUUCCUAUGAAACAGAGAGCUUGGGAGAUGCAAGCUCGCUGCAAGCUUUUGAUGAUGCCGCGGAGUCGUCCUUCGUAGAAUCUUCAGGCGAUGAAGACAGUGAUGAGGAGAACAAGGACAAAGGCAAAGACAGCCAGACGAAAGAAGAUGAGGCAGCGAGCAGUCCAAAGGACCAUGAAGGCCAUGGGGAGGGUAGCAAGUCCGAGGAGUCUCAAGAGUCGAAGAAAGCGACAGAUAAGGACGAGAAGGGGAAGGCAGAUGAUGAAUCAGAGGAUAAAAAGAAGGAAAAGGAAGUGGAAGACGAACACCAAAAACACGAAAACCUCCUAGCAAGUCCACAAGAACAAUCAAGAUACAUAAGAUCCAACAUGAAUUUGGCUUCAAAACAAAGUUAUGCAGCCAUGAAGAGCCUGGUGAAGGUUAUGGAUGCGCUGAAUGGCGUUGUUGCUCUGCUGAACCAAAUAGUUCAAGUAGCGCCUCCUUCUCAAUUCGCCGAAACAGUGAUGUUUGAGUCUUUGGGGAAAAAAUUAUCGUUGAAAGGGCUACUCGAUCAAGCUUCCACCGUACGUGGCAGUGUAGACCAAUUAUUUACUCUCCUGCUAUCGGCCAAACACUCGAUUAUCGGCAACAUCAACCGAGCUUUACCCGUUCGGCCGUCCCCUACACCACCACCAAAAUAA